GACGAGGCGGCCCCGAUGGUGACGCUGGACACGCUGGCCUCGGCGGCGCCAGCUGGGAGUGCCUCGGCGACCCUCGGCCUGGGCCCGUCGCCGACGGAGCUGAUCAGCGAGCUGGAUUGGGGCCCCGUGGAGAAGCCCGUCUGGGCCCCCUCGCCGAGGGAGGCGCCCGGCGAGAUGGACGUGGUCGCGAGAGCGCCGUGGGAGACCGUGCCUUUCCAAGUCGAGAUUUUCCUCAGCUCACUGCGCUGCGCCAUCGAGUGCCAGAUGGCGAGAUCCGAUGCCGACAGCGACAACGAACCAGGUGACGACGAUGCGGACAUCGGCACGGGCCAGGAGGGCGCAGAGCAGGAGGUCACAGGCAAGGGCAGAGAGGACAGGAGCAACGACGAGAUGGUCAACGGCAAAGGCCUCGAGGACAAUGGCGCCGACGACGUGACGACGCAGCGGCCGUGCGGCCGACCUUCCAGCAGGGGCAUCGGCAAGGCCAGCGAGGUCCAGACCACGGGCAGCGAGAGCGCGGGCGCUGGCCGCGCGGCGCUGGGCGACAGGGGCGGCUGCUUCGACGCCUCGGAGCCU